AUGGGGAGAAAUGGCUCCUCGAUUCCGAGGAACACAGGCGAUGGCAUGUUCUCGAGGUCUUCUCAUGGAGAAGAAGACGACGUAGAGCUAGCGAGAUGGGCUGCACUCGAAAGAUUGCCGACAAAUGAUAGGAUUCGGAAAGGGAUUCUCAGCAGCUCGAAAGGUGAGAGAAGAGAAGUGGAGAUUGAGAGUCUCGGGUUUCAUGAAAAGAAGAGAUUGAUAGAGAGGCUGGCCGCAGCACUUGAAGGUCAAAAUGCCGGCAUAGUUACAGAUUACAUGUUGAAGAUAUUAGGCCUGGAUGUGUGUGCUGACACCAAGGUAGGAAAUAGGAUGGUGAGAGGAAUAUCGGGGGGACAGAAGAAACGUCUCACAACAGGGGAGAUGUUUGUUGGGCCUUCAAUGGCUUUCUUUAUGGAUGAGAUAUCCACUGGGCUAGACAGUUCCACUGCUUAUCAUAUAGUGAAUUCCAUCAGGCAAGCAGUACAUAUAUUCAAGGCAACAACUGUCAUAUCACUGUUGCAGCCGGCUCCUGAGACCUACAAUCUUUUCGAUGACAUAAUUUUUCUCUCAGAUGGUCAGAUUGUGUAUCAGGGUCCUCUCGAAUAUGUAUUAGAAUUCUUUGAAUCAAUGGGAUUUAGAUGCCCUGAGAGGAAAGGAGUUGCUGACUUCUUGCAAGAAGUUACAUCGAUGAAAGAUCAAGGGCAGUAUUGGUUUCACAAAGAUGAGCCUUACAGAUUUGUUCCAGUCAAGGAAUUUGCAGAAGCUGCCCAAUCGUUUCAUGUAGGAAUAAAAAUAUGUGAUGAAUUAGCUAUCCCAUUUGACAAGAGUAAGAGUCACCCUGCUGCCCUUACAACUUCCCGAUAUGGUGUAAAUGAGAUUGAGCUUUUGAAAGUGUGCUUCUUGAGGGAACUCUUAUUGAUGAAGAGGAACUCAUUUUAUCAUAUCUUCAAAACUGUGCAACUUGCAAUUAUGGCUUUCAUCAUGACGUCAGUGUUCGUGCGCACUAAAAUGCACCGAAAUACAGUUAAAGAUGGAGGGCUCUAUCUAGGAGCCAUGUUUUAUGGUCUUUUUACACUCUUGUUCAAUGAGUUUGCUGAGCUACCAAUGACCAUUUCAAAGCUACCUGUCUUAUAUAAACAAAGAGAUAUGCUUUUCUUCCCUGCUUGGGCCUAUGCAAUAUCAACAUGGAUCACCAAGAUCCCCAUGUCAUUCUUGAAAUCUGGCAUAUGGUUUGUCAUAACUUACUAUAUUGUGGGCUUCGACCCAAAUGGUGGAAGGAUGUUUCGGCAGUACCUGCUACUUUUUCUAGUAAAUCAGAUGGCAUCUGGACUUUUUCAAUUCAUGGCCUUUGUGGGUCGGGACAUGAUUAUAGCGAACACAUUUGGGAGUUUUUCUAUCCUUGUUGUCAUGGUUCUUAGUGGUCUCCUUCUCUCACGAGAGAAAGUGAAAAAGUGGUGGAUAUGGGGCUAUUGGAUCUCACCGAUAAUGUACGCGGAGAAUGCAAUAUUAGUUAAUGAAUUCCUUGGAGAUAGCUGGAAGAAAGUGACAAAUGGGUCGACGGAAACUCUUGGAGUGCAACUGUUGAAGUCUCGUGGAAUCUUUCCCGUAGGUUACUGGUACUGGAUAGGAGUAGGUGCACUGGUGGGAUACAUCAUCCUCUUCAAUAGCCUCUCCAUCUUGGCUCUCACAUAUCUCAAACCAUUUGGUAAAUCCCAUGUAAACAUAUCCGAAGAAGAAUUGAAACAGAAGCAUAUGAAUAGGACUGGUGAAAAUUUCAUGGUCGAACUAUCAUCUGUUCCCUCGUUGAGAGGAAAGGCAUCUAUUGGUUUUGGUUGUAUCGAAGGGAUGUAUGGUGAAAUCAUGAGGAAUAACAUCUCAACUGAUUCAAUAUCAGAUGGGUCAGAUGCCAUGGCUUCUAGUCAAGAGUGGACGAAAGGCAUGGUUCUUCCAUUUACUCCUCUCUCACUCUGCUUUGAUGAUAUCAGAUACUCAAUAGAUAUGCCAGAGGAAAUGAAAGCUCAGGGCGGGAAAGAAGAUCGGCUAGAACUCCUGAAGGGCGUGAGUGGGGCAUUCAGGCCAGGAGUUCUUACUGCUUUGAUGGGUGUUACUGGAGCUGGUAAGACAACUUUGAUGGAUGUUUUAGCCGGAAGGAAAACACAUGGCCAUAUUGAUGGAACUAUAAGUAUCUCUGGUUAUCCUAAGAAGCAAGCAACCUUUGCUCGGGUAUCUGGAUACUGUGAGCAGAAUGAUAUCCAUUCUCCUCAAGUGACAGUCUACGAGUCAUUACUUUACUCUGCAUGGCUUCGACUUCCGUCUAAUGUCAACCCUGAAACAAGAAAGACGUUUGUUGAGGAGGUCAUGGAGCUAAUAGAACUAAAGUCGUUAAGGAAUGCUCUAGUGGGGUUGCCUGGAGUGAACGGUCUCUCGACUGAGCAAAGAAAGAGGCUUACCAUUGCUGUGGAGCUUGUGGCCAAUCCCUCCAUUAUUUUCAUGGAUGAGCCAACCUCUGGUCUUGAUGCCAGGGCGGCUGCUAUUGUGAUGAGAACAGUUAGAAACACUGUUGAUACUGGAAGAACUGUAGUGUGUACUAUCCACCAGCCUAGCAUUGAUAUAUUUGAUGCAUUUGAUGAGCUUUUCCUCAUGAAGACUGGUGGUGAAGCAAUAUAUGCCGGCCCCCUCGGAUCCCAUUCUUGCCAUCUCAUUGAAUACUUUGAGGGAAUCAAUGGAGUCAUCAAGAUAAAAGAAGGCUACAAUCCUGCAACUUGGAUGCUUGAGGCCACAUCUGAGGCACAAGAAGAUAUUUUAGGGGUUAGUUUUGCUGAAGUAUACAAGAACUCUCAUUUGUAUAGGAAAAACAAGGAAAUGAUUGAAGCACUGAGUUCACCACCCCCAGGCUCGGAAGACCUCUAUUUCCCUACUCAGUAUUCUCAGCCAUUCCUCACGCAGUGCUUCGCUUGCUUAUGGAAACAGCACUGGUCCUACUGGCGCAACCCCUCUUAUACGGCCAUGAAAUUCAUCUUCACCUUCUUCAUCGCCUUAUUGAUUGGGACCAUGUUUUGGGAUCUUGGUUCAAAAAGGGCUAACCCACAGGAUCUCUUCAAUGCAAUGGGUUCCAUGUAUGCUUCUGUUCUAUUCAUUGGAACUAACAAUGCCUAUUCGGUUCAGCCAGUAGUUUCAGUGGAAAGACUUGUAUUCUAUCGAGAAAGGGCAGCCGGAACGUAUUCAGCUCUACCAUAUGCCAUUGCACAGAUUCUUAUAGAGAUUCCAUAUAUAUUGGUUCAAGCACUACUCUAUGGGGUGAUAGUGUAUGCAAUGAUAGCAUUUGAAUGGACAACUGCCAAGUUCUUCUCGUACAUGUUCUUUAUGUACUUCACACUACUGUACUUCACAUACUUCGGCAUGAUGACUAUUGCCAUGACUCCCGAUAAUAACAUUGCGUCCGUUGUGUUCGGAGCCUUCAAUGGAACGUGGAACCUCUUCUCCGGAUUCUUCAUUCCUAGAGCGAGUUUGCCUGCAUGGUGGAGAUGGUAUGCAUGGGCAUGCCCAGUUGCAUGGACCCUGUAUGGUCUGGUUGCUUCUCAAUUUGGAGAUGUACAUACCACCUUUGAAGAUGCAGGUGCCUCAUUUAAGAACCAAACGGUUGCCGAAUUCGUGAAUGACUAUUACGGAUACGAUCACAACUUCCUGGGGGUGGUUGCAGCUAUGACUAUUGGGUUUACAGUUCUCUUUGCAUUCAUCUUUGCUUUCUCAGUCAAGGUUCUGAAUUUUCAAAAGAGAUGAGAAUAUGAGUGCAUCAAUAUUCCUAAGACUUGAUUGAACAAACUGUGAGAGAGACAUAUCAUCUUAGCCAAGUAGAUUUCUUGGAUAAUUUGCUAGAGAGAAGCUA